AUGAGUGACGCUCAGUAUAAAGCAGCGCUGGAAGGUCUUGAUGCGGAAACACUUGCAUUGUUAGAAGGAGAGGAUAUUUACCCAAGUCCAGGACCAGAAAUAAACUCAACAGAAGAAGAAAGUCCUGUGUGCCAGCGAUGCCACAAACUUAAACACAAUAACAAAUUGACUACCGAAAGCUCGCCACAAUUUUUAAGAGAAACGCAACAAUACGGAUCGUUGGAUUUCUUAAAAACAAAGCGGGAUCCACUUUUGGUAGUAGUUAUCGACCUUACUGACCUUCCCUCGUCGUUAACGCCUGUGGUAAAGAUGUUAAAUGGAAAUCCAAGUGCAAGAAUUGUUUUGGCAGCGAACAAAUUUGAUCUCCUACCGGGAAGAGCACGCUUGCACGAACAGCGAUUGCGGGAUUGGAUUGUACACCAAGCAAAGUUGACUGGGCUGCCUACACAGCAGAUACAAUGGGUAUCAUUGGUCAGUGCCCGAAAAGGCUGGGGUAUAUCUGGCUUGGUUCGCAGAUUGGGUGAGGCGCGUCUGCCCACUGAUGAUAUUUAUAUGGUUGGAUGUACCAAUGUCGGCAAGUCUGCAUUAGUCAACCAGAUGUUGUCUCAGGGAGGACGUGGAACAACGGGUGUAGAGUCGGCAGUUGCGCGUGCGUACAAGGCAAGCGUAAAGAAACGAUAUAGUAUUACAAGCUCGGCUAUACCUGGCACAACCAUGGGUACAAUCAAAGUUCCGUUGCAUGCGUUUGGUUUAGGGCAUAACGAAGAGGGGGAGGAUUGGAUGAAGCGACGAUUUAUUACACGAGACCGGUUCCUGAUCGACACUCCUGGUAUUAUUAAUGAUCACCAAUUAGUGCAUCAACUGUCAGCCGAGGAUCAAAAUGCACUCAACAAGUCCGAGCUGAUUCCUAUUACCUUUCGUCUUCAACCCUCCCAGUCAUUGCUUCUCAAACCUUUGGUGCGAAUUGACCUGAGAGCGUCUAGUGAGCCUGUGAUGAUGACUGUUUUUAGCCCUCUUGAGCCACAUGUCACCAAAACAGCCAAACUUCCAUUGGAUCCAUUUGCGCCUACUGGAGAGACUGGUGUUGCUCCUAUAAUUAAACCAAACUCAAGCAUGGCAUUUACUCUGGGAAUGAAACCACUGGAUGGGACAGUCAGGGUGGUAAACAACGGCAAUCCAUUACAGGCAUCUGUUGACUUGAGCUUUGCAGGCGGUGGCUGGGUUGCUGUGGCUGGCAGAUUUGAUGAAGCAGACUUCAAGGUGUGGCUACCAAAUGGAGCGGAUCCAAAGGCAUUCGAUGUUCGGGAUCCCCCCAUGCUUCCGUUUGAAUACAAAGGCAAUGUUCGAAAGUUUUUCGGCUCUGGCCAUCGUGUACGAUAA